AUGGAAACCAUAUCUCACACCUUUCCAACUAGAGGGGACGACGCUGUGCCACCAGCAGAUCCCAUCCUCGCAUCUUCCCUAAUCGACGACGACGACCUAGACGACUUGAUCGACCGCGUGUACAACUCUGCUAUCAAAGACCGCAAGGAGAAGAAAGAGCAUUUGAUAGGAACUGGAGCCAAGAGUGUAGAUGAAGCAUUAUUCGGUGGAUUGGAAAGUGGACGGGUAGUCGAAAUUAGUGGUGAAGCAGGUGCAGGCGUUAGAGAGGUUUACACAACACUACUCGUCACCUCUCUCUUACAAAACCCAGACUCCACAGCCGCGGUGCUGGAUACAACAGGCAACUUCGACGUCCUGAGAUUAUACACUCUGCUUAUUGCGCGGUUAUCACAUCAACCCCAGGAUAUACUAUCCGCCCUUUGCGAAGCCGUUGGUGCAGAGUCGGAUUCGAAGGCGGAAGAUGUGGCGGCGAAGGUGCUGGAUCGGGUGAAGAUUAUGCGCGUGUUUGAUUUUGAGGGGGUGGUGGAGGCGGUUGGGGAGGUGAGGGAGGGGCUUGAGGGGGGAGGGAGUGGAAAGGUUAUAAAAGGGAAAGAGGAGGCGUUGGGAGAGGAGCGGGUAGGGGUGGGUGAGAGGAAGGAAGCUUCGAAGAGGACGUUUGUGCCAGAUAGCGAGGACGAAGAUGAGGAUGAGGAAGAGGAAAUGCUGUUUGAGAUCAAGGCCAAGCACGGUUUGGCAUCGCAAGGGAGAGAUACGGAUGCGGUAUCAGUGCCAGAACCAGGCCACGCAGACACACCAGAGCAAUCCAAGAAGAGUAAAUCGAGUACUCUAAAAUUCAUCUUAAUCGAUAAUCUCGCCCACGUCUUCGGUCCCUUAUCCAAGACCGACAUGAACAAAGCAACAUCCCUCACAUCCACCCUCCUCUCCACCCUUGCCCAUCUAACCCAUUCGCACUCUCUCUACACCCUCCUCGUAACCCCCACCACGCCUCCUCCCGCCACCCGGGCUGCAUCCCCUACACGCGGAGCCCUUUUGCACCGAGCACACGCAACAGGUCCAGAUCAAGCAGAGGCAAUACCGCAACCUUCUAUUUUCUCGAGUAAUAAAAUAGGAGCGGGAAUGCCGGGCUUAAAUGGACUGAUGGGGCUGUACAGCGAUAUACGGGUACUAAUCAGUCGGAUACCUCGUCGGAAAGUUGAUGCGCGGAUUUACUAUGAUGAGAAGAUUGAUAAGGCGAGGAAGAGACGGGUGGAGAUGGUCGGGGUGCUGGAGGUGGUGGGGGAUAGAUGGGGAGGGAGGACGGGAGGUUGGGGGGUAUUUGCCGAGGGACGAGAUGGGAUUGUAGAUGUGAAAUAA